AAUGGCGUAUAGAGUGUGACUGUUUGUGUUUAUUCCUGGGAGGGUCAGUCAAAGGCCAGUGCGGGCAGUAUUUGAGCUAGGAGCUGCUGAUGAUGAUUACAGACAAACAGAAGUGCUUGGUUAACAAGGAGGAAGAGUUUACAUGAACCGAUAGAGUUUGAAAAGCUGUAAUGAAGAGACUGCGCUCUUGGGCAGAGUUAGACCCCCCCUUUAGCGGUACUGAGGAAGAUAACAGUGAGCAGGAUGAGUCUUCAGCCCUUAAGCCGUCGUGGUCCUUGGCUGACACCAUGAACUAUGUGGGACAGCUGGCUGGCCAGGUGCUGGUGACUGUGAAGGAGCUGUAUAAGGGCAUUAAUCAGGCCACGCUCUCGGGCUGCAUCGACGUGGUGGUGGUCCGACAGAAGGAUGGAACUUAUCAGUGCUCCCCUUUCCACGUGCGCUUUGGCAAACUGGGCGUGCUUCGCUCCAAGGAGAAAGUGAUCGACAUAGAAAUAAAUGGGGAGCCAGUGGAGCUACACAUGAAGCUCGGAGACAAUGGAGAAGCGUUCUUUGUGCAAGAAACGGAGGUGCAGAAUGAGGUAGUACCAGCUCACCUGGCCACUUCUCCUAUCCCCACUGAAAUUCACAAGUUCUGGAUCGGAGGGGACCAUACUGGGGAUCAGGACCAAGACAAUGACCCCCAGGACCCCGAGGAUCCCCCCGUGGCUAGCACUAGCACGGGCAAAAAGAAGAAAAGGCGAAGAAAGAAGCAUAAAGGUGACUCUCGGCGGGAGGAGAUGACCCCGCCUGCCUCCAUCGGUGCUUCGGCCCCUGCUGAGGAAAUUUUUGAAAUGGACAUGAGCUCAGACGAAGAGAUCACUCCCUGCUCAAGAUCGUCUUCUAUCAACACAUUGAAGGAGGUUGAACCCAGACUACCACCAGUUCGCCAUUCACCAGAGAACUACCCUUAUUCAGAUGGAGACUGGUCUCAUGCAGACAACCAUACCAUGUCGGCAGCCUUCUCCCCCAAGAGUGACUCUGAGCUGGUGAUCAGACCCUCAGAGUCCUUGCUUAAAAUGGAAUCUCACAUGCAGUGGACAUGGGGAGAGUUCCCAGAACCCAGGGUGGCAAAGAAGGAAAAGACAGAGUUGCCGAAGACCGUGACCAUAACGCCGACGGAGAACACUCACUUCAGAGUGAUUCUGAGCUCUGAGGCCAUGGACCCUGAUGUUGAUGGACAGCGAGGACCAGCUCCUAUGCAAUCUGCACCUGCUGUGUGCACCAUUGUCAAGCCUGAACCCCGCACUCCAGUCACCCCUAUCAAUCCUCUAACCUCUAUCUCUGACUGUCUGGAGGUGCUCCCUGGUGAGGCUGUGGCCACCUCCACCCCAUCAGACCCACAUAUUGCUGCUCCUGCUAUUGCUAGUGCUGCUGCUGUAAUGGGUGGAGAAAUGGGAGACAUUUGCCCCAAGACUGAUUCCCCUUCCAAGAAGAAAGGAGUCCCAAAGCGGAGCCAGCACCAGGGCCCUGAGGAUAUAUACCUAGAUGACCUGAAUGUACUUGAACCUGAUGUGGCUGCACGCUACUUCCCGAAGAGUGAGUCUGAAGCCGCCUCCAAGCACUGGAUAGAUUCAGGGACUCACUCAGGUUCUCAGUCCCCCCAGUCUGUGGGCAGUGCUGCGGCCGACAGCGGCACCGAAUGCCUAUCUGACUCCGCCUCCGACCUGCCUGAUGUCACGCUCUCUCUGUGCGGAGGCCUCAGUGAGAAUGCUGAGAUAUCCAAAGAGAAGUUUAUGGAGCAUAUCAUCACCUAUCAUGAAUUUGCAGAAAAUCCAGCCAUUAUAGACAACCCCAAUUUGGUUGUGAAAAUAGCAAAUAGAUACUACAACUGGGCCUUGGCUGCACCCUUGAUUUUAAGCUUGCAGGCUUUCCAGAAAAACCUACCCAAAGCUACAGAGGAAGCCUGGGUUAAGGAGAGGAUGCCCAAGAAGUCAGGCCGCUGGUGGUUCUGGCGUAAAAGAGCAGACAGCACCAUAAAACAGUCUGAGAGCACAGGAAAGCUGGAGAUGAAGGAAGCGCAACUAGAAGACAGUGGCACCUCCCUUUCCUUGGAAAGCCACGCCCGCACAGGGGAGACCAGAGACUCAUCCAGUGAUGAGGAGGGGAAGGAGGUGAGUGCAGCUGCUGCCUCUCUAGAGCGCUCAGCCCAGACGGAGCCCCAGCCCCAGCCCAGCACACACUCUUACCGCAAGUCCCUGCGCCUCUCCUCCGACCAGAUAGCCAGCCUGAAGCUUAAAGAGGGACCUAACGACGUGAUGUUCAGCAUAACCACCCAGUACCAGGGCACAUGUCGCUGUGAGGGAACCAUCUACCUGUGGAACUGGGAUGACAAAGUCAUUAUCUCGGACAUUGAUGGCACCAUCACGAAAUCGGAUGUAUUUGGGCAGAUCCUGCCUCAGCUGGGGAAGGACUGGACACACCAGGGCAUCGCUAAGCUCUACCAUUCUGUGGCUGAGAAUGGCUACAAGUUCCUGUACUGUUCAGCGAGGGCCAUUGGCAUGGCUGAUAUGACUCGAGGCUAUCUGCAGUGGGUGAAUGAUGGCGGCACCAUUUUGCCCCGCGGGCCCCUCAUGCUUUCUCCCAGCAGCCUCUUCUCUGCAUUUCAUAGGGAAGUGAUUGAGAAAAAGCCAGAAAUCUUCAAGAUCGAAUGCCUUACUGACAUCAAGAACCUGUUCUAUCCCAACAAGCAUCCCUUUUACGCCGCAUUUGGAAACCGAACCAAUGAUGUGUUUGCCUAUAAGGAGGUUGGAGUGCCUGUCUGCCGGAUCUUCACCGUCAACCCCAAAGGAGAGCUGAUUCAGGAGCAGACCAAGGGCAACAAGUCCUCGUACAGUCGAUUGAGCGAGCUGGUGGAGCACGUCUUUCCUCUGGUCAGUAAAGAACAGAGCUCUGCGUUUAACUUCCCCGAGUUCAGCACCUUCUGUUUCUGGAGACAGCCCAUUCCCGAGAUGAACCCCGACGACCUGCUCUAGGCUGAGGGCGCGCUCUGACUCCGCCCACCUGCGAUUUCAGCUCUGAGAACCAGCCUUCCUGCACAGAACCGGACACGGCAGACGCGGCCAACUGUUACAGGGUUGUGGGCUCAGUGACUAAUCCUUGAGGUCAGACCCCUGCAAAGUGCUGUGAAGACCUGAGCACUUGCAGUUAGUUGCCACACGGUCAUACAUAUUCAUACGUAUGUUCAUACACACACCAAAACACAAACCAAACCAUGCCUCCCUGUUCCAGCCAAGCCAACGUGUGUGUGUGUGUGUGUG